AUGCAAAAUAAAUCUUGUCUUAUUUGUCAUGUUCUUUUUGCCUCAGUUUCGUCUCUUGAAACCCCGUUUUUGACUAAAUGUUGUAAUCGCUGGGUUUGUGAUAGCUGUUUAGAACAGAAUCGAAGAUAUUAUACGUAUUGUCCAUUUUGUCAAGAAAUUUCAAUUACCUAUAGUAAUACAUCAUACACUGAUUGUUCUUUACCAACAUACGAGGAAGUUAUUUACAAUGAUUUAAAUAAACCUAACAACACAUUAAAUUAUUUCAAUGAAAAAUCGGAUAAGAAAUUGGACGAGAAAAGUAAUUAUAGUGCAAUUCAUUAUGUUAAAAAAGAUGAUACUUUGAUUGGGUUGGCUUUUAGUUACGGAGUUGAGAUAGCGGAUAUUCGUAAAGCAAAUCGAUUAUUUGACAAUAAUAUCAUAGCUCGUUCGACUCUGAUUAUCCCUAACUAUGUCGGUCCUUCCUUAUCAGAGAAGUUUUCGGAGGAAGAAGAAAAAAAAAUGUUAGUAAAACGUUUUCAGAUACGAUCUAAAUGUAUUGAUCCAAUAGAGGCCAAGUUUUAUAUGGAGCAAUCAAAUUACAAUAUUGAAAAUGCCGCACAGCUUUAUCGGGAUGAUAUAUUAUGGGAGAUGCAGCAUCCAAUGAAAGAAAAGGUUAAAUCUAAAAACAAUAAAAGAAAAGUAGUAUAA